CGAACUGAUGUUUGGCACACGGCAGAGUAAAGAAACCAGGAUAAGUUUUCUUAUAUCGUUGCUUUUCUGUGAGGUAUGUGCCUUUAUAACACAAGCUUCUGAUUGCGUUGUAGAAUUGUGCUGACUUUUUCUUUGAGCGUUAACAAAGUUCAGUUUGUGUUUCAGCAGACGGAGCUGCUGUCAUUGAAAACGUUGGACUUUGACCUGCUGUUUUUCGACAGAAUCUCCGGUAUUUGUUCCUUUUCUCAGAGAGAGAAUCCCCCCCAGUUGGCUGCCUCUGAUUGGAUGAAAGACAAAGUUUUUCAGCAGAUAGCUGUUGAACGCUGACCCUCUUCAGGACGGUGGGUUUGAACGGUCUGACAGAGCUGUCAAAAGUCAGCAGAGGUAAAAAACCAGCUGUUAAAGAGGUGUGCCCUCUUCAAGGACAAUGCCUGAUGUUUUCCACCCGCUGCUGCUGCUGCUCCUCUCCUCUCUGGUUGGACCAACCCACAGCUGCCUGAAGGACCCGGCUCCAGCCUACAAACUCACCGGAAUCGUGUGCAGACUCACCUACGAUGCAGCUGCCGUGUUGAACGAGAAAACCACCAAAGUGGUGGAGGCAGCGUUUCAACACGCUCGCUACCCGAGCAUGCAGGGGGAGAAGUCUCUCCUGGUCGUAGGCAGAGUCCUCUACGGCCUGGACAAUUUGGAGAUUCGCAACUUGUCGAUYGGUCGAAGCGCCUUCGAGCUGCGUCCAGGGGAGGGGAUCGGUCUGGAGAUCAGUAAUGUGUCUGCGGUGUUCAGCGGGACCAUCCAGUAUGGAUACGGCAGCUGGCUAGUCAACGUUCAACAAAGUGUUGAUUUUGAGAUCGAGACUCAGAUCGAUCUCGGAAUAAACCCAAGACUGUAUUGUGGUAAAUCCCGAGUGGCAGCAGAUACCUCCGACUGCUACCUGAACUUUCACAAGUUUCACCUUUACCUGCAGGGAGACAAAGAGCCCAACUGGCUGAAGAAGCUCUUUACAAACUUCAUCACCUUCACCGUGAAGCUGGUGGUCAAAGGUCAGAUCUGUAAGGAGAUCAACAAGGUGACAGACAUUCUGGCUGACUUUGUUCAGGACACAGCAGCGGCCUUCGUCAGUGACGGGGGCAUCAGUGUGGAUAUCGAUAUAAACACUGGUCCUGUCAUCACAGCCAACUACAUAGAAUCAUACCAUAAGGGUCUGACGAACUACAACAACACUGUGUCGGUGAUCAGCGAGUCUGUUUUCCAGCCAGAGCAGCUGACUGAACACAGGAUGCUUUACUUUUGGUUGUCAGACGACGCCUUCAGACCUCUGGUUGCUGCUGCUCACCAAGAYGGACGUUUCCGACUCAACAUCUCGUCAGAAGAGCUGAAUAGAGCCGCUGCAGGGACCCUCGUGACCCCAGAGCCACACAUUUGCAGGUGCUGUCUGUGUUUUUCCGUCCCCAGGAUUAAAAACUGGACCACAGGCGGCUCUCUCAGAUGUAAACAAGUGACAUGCCGGGUCAAAAAAUCUCCCAGCUGACCAUUCCAGCCCUUUAGUCUCACAGUUCUCUUUGUGUUCACAUUCCUGCGCUGCAUUCUUGUCGUGCUGCUGGUCAUGUGUCAGCAUGGGAACCAAGGUCUCUGUGGCAAAUUCUGCAACUUUUUCCCUCGCUGCCAAACUAAAGGUUGGCAAAACAAAAACACAGAAAACAAGAAGUUUGGGAUUGUUUUUGUUUUCUGAUCUCGCAAAACUAAACUACAAUUCUUGCGUCGAGGAAGAAAACCUGACUGACUGCCACUAAAUCACUCACUGAACUGACCGAGCUGAUGCAACAGUUUUUAAUUUUUAAUUUUAGCAUGACAUUUUCAAUAUUCCUAGACAUAUCUUAACUCAGUUUAUUAGUUUACAGCACAACCCUUAAUUAUUUCUAUUUUUUACCCAGCACCGAAAGGCAAAGAUAAAGCUUGUUUAAUAAAUGUGCAUCUAACUGAUUAAC